AAGCCUCCUUUCUUUGAUAGUACUAAUUAUAAUUAUUAGAAGAAUAGAAUGAGGGUCUUCAUGCUUGCAAAUGUGCCCAAGGCAUGGGUUGUGACUAUAAAAGGUCUAUAUGUACCUAUGAAAAUUGUUGGAGAAAGAGAGGUGCCAAAGGAAGAGAUUGAUUGGAAUGAUGAAGACUUGGAGAGGAUCAUGAUCAACAACAAGGCAAUUAGUAUGCUUCAAUGUGCUCUCAAUCCAACGGAGUAUCAUAGAGUCUUCGGGUGUGAUACGGCUAAGGAGAUGUGGGACAUGCUAGAAGUCACUCAUGAAGGAACAAGCCAAAUGAAACCGGAGGAGAGCAUUCAAGAUAUGUAUACAAGAUUGAAUGAUAUAGUCACCAAUCUCAAGGCUUUUGGUAAAGUCUAUCCUCCUCAAGAAAUGGUGAGAAAGGUUCUUAAAAGCUUGCCUAAGAGUUGGGAAGCCAAGAAGACCGUAAUUGAAGAAUCCAAGGAUCUCAACACUCUCAAGCUUGAAGAUCUCAUUGGAAAAUUGAUGACAUAUGAGAUAGAGGUUCAAGGUGAUGGUGGAAUUGAAAUAGUUGAGAAGAAGAAGAAGGAUGUUGCAUUCAAGGUUAGCAACCAAAAGGAAAAGAGUGAAGAUGAUGGUAGUGAUGGUGAAAACUUCUCCUCCUUAAUCUCUAGAGAAGUGAAGAGAUUUAUGAAGAAGAACAUCAAGAGCAAGAUUGCAAGAAGAGAUGAAGGAGAAUCUACCAAAAAGAGUGUGAAAUGCUAUGAAUGCAACAAGAUGGGGCACUAUAGAAAUAAAUGCCCCAAAUUGAAGAAAGGUGAGAAGAAAGACAAGAAAAGCAUGAAGAAGAAAGCAUUUGCUGCCACUUGGAGUGAUGAUGAGACUAGCUCAACGGAAAGUGAAAGCUCCUUGGAGAAAGGUGUUGUAAAUCUUUGCUUCAUGGCUCAAGAGGAUAGAAACAAUGAUGAGGAGGUGAUGGCUAUGCAAGAAGAAUUAGCUCAAUUUGAAAGAAAUAAGGUUUGGAAUCUUGUUUCUAGACCUAAAGACCAUCCCAUCAUAGGAACUAAAUGGGUUUUUAGAAAUAAGUUAGAUGAGAAUGGAAUUGUGGUUAGAAACAAGGCAAGACUAGUUGCUAAAGGCUAUUGUCAAGAGGAAGGAAUUGAUUUUGAUGAGACUUUUGCCCUGGUAGCUAGACUUGAAGCAAUUAGAAUGUUAUUGGCUUUUGCAUGCUUUAAAGGUUUUACACUUUAUCAAAUGGAUGUUAAAAGUGCUUUUCUAAAUGGUUAUAUUCAAGAAGAGGUUUAUGUUGAGCAACCUCUCGGUUUUGAAGAUUCAUCUUAUCCAAACCAUGUUUAUAAACUUUCAAAGGCUUUAUAUGGCUUAAAACAAGCUCCUAGAGCUUGGUAUGAAAGAUUAAGUAGUUUUUUGCUUGCAAAUGGUUUUUCUAGAGGAAGAGUUGAUACCACCUUAUUUGUGAAAAACAAAGGCCAAGAUAUAUUAAUUGUCCAAAUCUAUGUUGAUGAUAUUGUGUUUGGUGCUACUAAUGAUUUUCUUUGUCAAGAGUUUUCCAAAGCUAUGCAAGGUGAAUUUGAAAUGAGCAUGAUGGGUGAGCUCAACUUCUUCUUGGGACUUCAAAUCAAACAAUCCAAAGAAGGCAUCUUCAUUAACCAAAGCAAGUAUACAAAGGAAAUGCUUAAGAAGUUUGGCAUGGAGACUUGUAAGCCAAUAGCUACUCCUAUGAGCACUUCAAUUAAUCUAGACAAGGAUGAAGGAGAUUGCAAGCUUGUCCUAAGGAGUCACACUUAAUUGCGGUUAAAAGAGUCUUUAGGAUAUUUGAUGAUGCAUACAUUGAUAUAUGACUAAAGUUGCAUUAUUUAG